CCAUAUUCAUACCACUGCACUCCAGCCUGAGUGACAGAAUCUGCCUCUGUCCUAUGGCAUGGGAGUCUAUCUCUCUCUCACACACACACACAAAUAUAUAUACGUAAAUACUUAUUUUUUGCUCGCUUUCUCUUGUCAGGGAGACUCCAGGAUAAACACAAUUGUCAUGGGUUUUAAGGGACAUGAAGGAGAAAAUUACCCAAGUCCAACAUUUACUGAAGAGCAAUCUGUCAGCCCCACAGGUCAGAGCAGAGCAUGGCAGUCACAAGACCGAGAUCUGCUUUUGAGUCCCUCCAUUUCCCAUUAAGUUAAUGCUGUGAAAAACUGUUUCAUUGGCCGUAGGCUGUACCCCACCUCCAGGUAACCCUCCCCCAGACUCAAUCAUGGGUCACAGCCACAAAGGCUCCCCAUGGCUCCCGCCCCCAUGACUUCAUCCUGGAGAGGCAGUCCCUGUAGCAAGUGAGGGCAGAGAAGGGAGCAGAAUUCCAGCAGGCUCUUGCAACAGACUAGGAGUAGAGGACGAUGCUCUCUCAUCACUUCUAGAAUGCAUCAGAAGGGAAGAUGCAAGACUCUUGCCUGUCUGAUAGGGGGCUGCUGGCUCCCCUGCUCUAUUCCUACCUCCCCAAGAACCACAGGGCCCAAGACAGGAGCAGAGCCAAAGGCAGUUGGUCUCAGCUGCAGGGAAAGGCAUAGGGAAUAGGGAUCAUUCGAAAAGCACAUUCCAGAGUGGGCCCCCUUUUGCCUUCCAUCCAUCUUUUCCUUACUCUUCCAGUUAAUUGACCAAAAGUUUACUGAGCACCUAUUGUCAACAACAGCACUAGGCUUCCUGUGUCCUGCCUCCUGAUUCCUUUUCACUCCUUCCAAGUGCACCUUUCCUUGGGCUGCCCUCCUCCUUAUUCCUCACCUCCAAAAUGAACUCUUGCCUCCUUCCUGCUCCUGAGCAACAAAAACAUCCAUCCCUUGAACCUUGACAAUCUCACCUAAGUCAAGGAAGAAUUCCCUGGCUAGUAAUUCCCGCUAGGUGAAGUGAGGACUCUGCUUAUCCUCCCUUGCUCCUCAAACCACUUGGAUCUAAUUGGCGAAUUUUAGAAAUGGUGCUGGGGUGGUUUAGGUUGCUCCAUACAACUCCUCAAGAGAUCAUUUGUAUUCCGUAUGCUGAAGGAGGCGUGGAAAAGGAGAAAUCUGCUGUACACACCCCCCCAGGCCCCCUCGUUCCUGCCUUCCCUUUGCCUCUUCCCUGCACUGAGGCUUGAAAUGUCCUAAGUUGCUUUUCCCAAGACAAUGAGGUGACUCUCAUUAGGAAUGACAGGAAGUUUCUCUACUCUAAGUCAAGGGGGGCUCCUCCCUCUCCCUCUCUGUUAGGAGAUGCAACUCCCUAACGUGGAGCCUGAAGGCUCCUCUGCUGAAGAAAGCAGAAGAGGUGAGCCCUGAGCCAUUAGGCACCAAUUCCAGAGCCAGUGCGGCUGCCUCUCCAUGCAAGCUGAUGUAAUGCGGGAGCAGAAACUAAGAGCCUCACAGAGAGUAUAGGUCCGGGGCUGGGGGAUAAAGGAAACACACGUCAGAGAGGAGAGACAAUGGGGCCAUUGGGAGAAAUACCGGGGAGAGCCCCUGCCUUCCCUGACAUUCUCUAAUGUUUCCUGUCUGCCACUACCCGCUCUCACCCUGUGAAUGAGUUUCAGUUCCUUUCAAGCACAUGAUCCUUGACCUGAAUGAGACUUAGUUCUACAGAUCUAGGCAGGCAGGCUGGCUGUGAUGGAAAAAGAUAAGACAAAAAAAAUCUGACAAUAUGCUAGUAACGUCUGAUCCCACUGCAAACAUUCAGACCAGUCUAUGAGGAAUGUAAGAAACUAACAAAAUGGACCAACCAUUGAUUAUGUAGAAGUAGUGUACACAUUAAAAAAGAACAAAGCUUGGAGUAAUUAUAACUCCUUGUUUAUUACAGCAGACAAAAGCAGUAUCUAUACAAUAUAGAAUUGCUAAACCAAACUUGAAAACUUCUGUCAAGUGGGCUGUUCAGCUUUUGAAGAGGUGGAAUGCCAUGUCCAGUUAGACUUGUUGGAUGCACCAUGACUAAAUUCACCUCCAGGGCUGCCACUCUCACCAGAACCCAGAUGAGACCACUGUGUCCCAUCAGGGCUUCCGCCUUCCUUCGAGAAGGUCUGAUACUCUGCAGCUGCCCUGGAAAGGCACCUUGCCCUUCUAUCCACCUUGUCCUUCUGUUAUGUUAGAUACUGGGGGGGCUCUACACCUAGACUGUGUCCUCAAAGAGCUUUCAGCAACCUGCUCCCUGGGAGUCUGUAACUUCAGAAAAAAAAAUGCGGCUGUUACCUUCCUCAUCUUAUAGAUGGGAAAUGAAUGAGAGAGAUUCUAAGGUGGUGUCAGUAGACUACUAAAGACAACAAAAACACAUUUUAAUAUACCAAAUCUUUAAAAACCAAAAGUCAGUUUAUCAUCAGUUGCUUUCUCUGUAUGAAUUCCAAUAACUGCUUUCUCUGGUGAACUUACAUGCUGCUGGGGGCUUAGAAUACUCUGCUGCCCCAGCUCAGAGGAGGUUGGUGAUGAUUCUGACAAAUCCCAUUGCCUUGUGUGUGCCCAGAACCCCAGGCCCAUCCUUUCCUAGCUGAGGCCAUGCUGGACGCCACCAGCAUCUCACAUGGCUCCUGAGCCUUCCUUUCCCAUGGCCGGAGUCUGCCCAGGUUAUCUCAAAAGCCCAAAAACAGGAAAUGUGUUAGGGAAUUAACAAUGAUCUCUGGGUGGAGGAGCUUUAAAUGACUUAUUUUCUGCUUUAAACAUUCCUGUAUAUUCCCCAAUGGGCCUUCACCGCCUUUGUAAUUUUUAUUAAUUAAGGAGUUUCUCAUGCUCUCAUCUGGAAGAAUCUGAAGCCCCAUACACAAGACAUUAUCCGAGAUGUUAUUUUUCCACUGAUGUGCACAGAUGCCGGCGAGGAACUUUGGCAAGAAGACCCUUACGAAUAUAUAUGCACAAAGUAUGAUGUGUUUGAAGAUUUCCUUUCUCCUACCACUGCUGCCCAGACACUUCUGUUUACAGCCUGUAGUAAGAGGAAAGAGGUACUGCAAAAGACGGGAUUUUGUUACCAGAUUCUUACAGAACCAAAUGCUGACCCUUGAAAAAACGAUGGAGCCCUGCAUAGGAUUGGCUCUUUAGCUGAAAUACUUCUGAAGAAAAAGAUCUGUAAAGAUCAGACAGAAUGCAUGUUGCAGAUUCAUGUACUCCCUCUCUUCAGCAGUGAACUAGGCUACGUGAGAGCAAGGGCUUGCUGGGUACUUUACUAUUUUUGUGAAGUGAAGUUCAAAAGUGAUCAGAACCUUCAAACAGCCUUAGAGCUAACAAGAUGUCUGACUGAUGAUAGAGAAAUGCUUGUGAAAGUGGAAGCUGCCACUGCCCUUCAAGUAUUGAUCAGCAAUCAAGAAAAAGCUAAAGAAUAUAUCAUGCCAUUCAUCAGACCUGUCAUGCAGGCUCUUUUUUCUAUUAUAAGAGAAACAGAAAACGAUGACCUUACCAAUGUAAUUCAGAAAAUGAUCCAUGAAUAUAGCGAAGAAAUUACUCCUAUUGCAGUAGAAAUGACACAACAUUUGGCAAUGACAUUUAACCAAGUAAUCCAGACGGGGUCAGAUGACGAAGGUGGUGAUGACAAAGCAGUUACUGCUAUGGGAAUUCUUAAUACAAUUGACACACUGAGGGUAGUUGAAGAUCAUAAAGAGAUAACCCAACAGCUCGAGGGAAUCUGCUUACAGGUCAUUGGUACUGUUUUACAACAACAUGUCUUAGAAUUCUCUAAGAUCUUCUCUUUAGCGCACAGUUUGACAUGUGAACAAGUGUCUCCACAGAUGUGGCAGCUACUACCCCUUGUAUUUGAAGUCUUUGAGCAAGAUGGCUUUAAUUAUUUUACAGAUAUGAUGCCCUUCCUUCAUAACUAUGUAGCAGUUGAUACAGACACACUUCUGUCUGACACCAAUUAUCUUGAAAUGAUAUACAGUCUGUGCAAAAAGGUUUUUACAGGAGUUGCAGAAGAUGCAGAGUGUCAUGCAGCAAAAUUGUUUGAGGUCAUCAUUCUGCAGUGCAAAGGGCGUGGCAUUGACCAGAGGAACUGGGGAGUGAUGAAGAUGAUAUUGAUGAAGAUGGGCAAGAAUAUUUGGAGAUUCUGGUUAAGCAGGCUGGUGAUGAUGGAGAUGAUGAAGAUUGAGAUGAUGAUGUGGAAGAGACUUCUCGAGAAGGCUAUUCCACAAUCAUUGAUGAUGAAGAUAACCCUGUUGAUGAGUAUCAGACAUUUAAAGUUAUCUUUCGAACUAUUCAAAAUCGUAAUCCUGUGUGGUAUCAGGCUCUGACUCAUCGUCUUAAUGAAGGACAAAGAAAACAGUUACAGUAUACAGCAACUCUGACUGAUCAAAGGAGAGCAGCCCAUGAAUCCAAAAUGAUUGAGAAGCAUGGAGGAUACAAAUUCAGUGCUCCAUUUGUGCCAAGUUCUUUCAACUUCGGAGGCCCAGCACCAGGGAUGAAUUGAGUUCUCUCUUUCUUUCCUGCUGUGUGACUGUAGUGAACAGCUUGUGUUCCUCCUAGUCGUGGUUCCAGAACUGGUUCAUGUUAUCUAUUCUAAACUAAUGAUCAACAGAUGGAAAAAGAAACAACCCCGGAGAUGGGACCUGAUCAUGCAGCCUGGCACUGGAAAAGAAACCAGCGGGA